UGCCCUUCCUCCUCUGCCCUUCCUCCUUUUCCUCUUCCUCCUCCUCCUCCUCGUCCUGACGGCCGCUGCCCCCGGCGGGAUGGAGGCCAUCGAGGAGCUGGCGAUCCAACCCUGCACCUCCUCCCUCUACCUACGGCCCUUCCGCCUCUGCUACCGGCAGAAUGGUACUAAGAAGUUCUGGGACUUCAUGAGGACACAUGACAGUGUGUCAAUCCUGAUCUUUAAUACUUCUCGGCAGUGCUUUGUAGUGGUGAAGCAGUUCCGCCCAGCUGUUUACAUGUGCGAACUAGAAAGACAUCAUCCUCAGCUCUUCGAGAACCAGGACAAGGAGAGUUUAUCCCGUGUAGAGGAUCCCCUGCCUGCUGUGGUAGGAGUGACUUAUGAACUCUGUGCUGGCAUUGUAGACAAGCCAGACCUUUCUUUAGAAGAAAUUGCAUGCGAGGAGAUCUUAGAAGAGUGUGGCUAUCGCGUUCCCAUUACAAACCUAAGGAAGAUCACUUCUUACAGGUCUGGAGUUGGUGUGACAGGUUCUAGGCAGACGUUAUUUUACGCAGAAGUAACAGACCAGAUGAGAACUGGUGAAGGAGGUGGCCAGCCUGAGGAAGGAGAGCUGAUAGAAGUUGUAGAAAUACCUUUAGAAGACUCCAUGAAGUUUGCUUAUGAUGAGUCUUUCCCGAAGACGAUGGGCGUCAUCUUCAGCUUCAUGUGGUUCCAAACCAACAUAGCACCCAAGCUGCCAAAAAAAUAAGAUCAAAGCACUGUGACUUUGAGACAAGCUUUCUUGCUGGUUGUGGGUACAAAAAACUGCAAAUCUGCCUGCCUUGAUCAGCUCAACUCACCACAGAGUUCUCAAAUCUUUCUCAAAAUAAAUUUGAAUGAAAUCUGAAGUAAAAUCCUCACCCAGUUUCCAUCACUAGCAGAACAGUAGUGGGCGUCUCUGGGACCAGGGUUUGUCUCUGAGAGGCAAAUGUUGAUUCUCACUCAAAAGCUAAUAAAUGUGCCCUCUUCUCUUUUUCUAUGGCAAUGCUCUACCACUAUUUUGAAGAGAUACUCAGGGCUUCAGUGCAGCUGAUAUUCCAGCCUCUUGCUGUUGUCUGUAGGGUCUGGUAGCUGUGUAUUCACUCUAGUUCUCAUAGAUGUUUCUCCUAAUGUUUUUUUUUUGGGGGGGGGAGGAAGCAAACUAGUUACAGAUAUCCUAUGUUGUUGAGCUCUGCACAGCUUCCAGGGAGCAGCUUUCUCUGCGGUGUGUAUCUCCCGUACCAGAGAAAACAUUUGCAUUUCUGAACAUGCAAACCUUUAUUUCAUAAGCAAACAUGUCUGUAAAUCCUUCUGCUAAUGUGUCGUUCGCACAAUAGACCAGCUGUAAGGCUAUGUACUUCUGUUUGCGCCCGCUAGAAUGCUGAGCAGCCGGGAUGGGGAUGAAUGAUGGGGGCUCCGACGGGAACACAUGCUUCUUUGUUUGUUGUAUGGAUAAUAGUUGCUUAAUUAGAUCAAACUUUGUCAUCUAGAGCGGGACUUGAGAGGCCAAAUUCUUUUCAUUUGACUCCGAGGUGACUCAUAUAACUGAUUUCUCGGAGGUGUUCUGUGGUCUCGGAUUCCCUAUCGCCAAAAGGGGAAGAAUGGGACUUACCUCUUAGAUAGCGCUCCGUGAAAUCCAGCCAUCGGAAGUGCUUUAAUGGGAGGCUUUAUCAUCAUUUGUGCAGUUUACAUCGAAGGCCGUGCAUCCUGCACAGACACACUGAGCAACGCAAUUUGAUUUAAUAAAGUGGUCUAAUUAGAACAUAUAUUAUCCUAUCAGCAUGGUUUAGAUGUGGACGAUUUGUCAUGUGAAAAACUGUUAAUAGCAUGAAUGAGAGAGAAUCAAGUCUGGACAUUUAAUUAUGCAGUUGUUUAUGCAAUUCAUUGAGUUAAUGUUAAUUAGGGUGACUACAUUAUCUGUGCUUGUAGUGCUACCAAGUAUUUUUAGACGCCGAGCACCAGGAAUGUGCAAACUUUCACAUAGUGGCUGGGAUAAACGCAGCGCAGAUCAGCUGGAAGCGAUCCGCCAGGUGAUCUGAAAUUGCUGCGGAUCUAAAGUGGUGUUUAAGAAAGAAAUGCAUAAAU